AGGGUGUUCCACAUUCCUAAAAGUUCUAGCUGCUGACUACCAAUGUUUGGCCUGUGGAUUAGCAGCAUAGUCUGCAAGAAGCUGAUUACUGCUUUCCACAGGGAGUUGGGCUAUUUAGAUGAAGAACUGCCUGAUGGACCUGGACCAGAGUUGGAAGAUGAAGAGGAGGAAUAUGAUGCUCUCAAUGAUGAAACAUUUGGUGCUGAUGCACUUGCAGAAGGAGACUGGGAAGAAGACCAUGAGAAACUGGCAGAACUGGCUGAGCAGUCUAGACUCGCUAUUCAUGGAAGUGAGGGUGCAGCAACAGGGCCUAUAUCGUCGACACCUCGACACAACCAGCCCCUGUCUCGCACACAGUCGCUUCCUCAUUCUGAUUCCUCAGAAGACUUUGAUCUUGAGGCUAGAGUUGCCCAUCUUAUGCUUGAAGAGGAAGAUGAAGGUGAUCUAGGAACAGAUGAUGUUGUUCUAGAGAAUGGAGACCUAGAUGCACCAGAAUCUCAUCAACACAAUAAUCAUUUAGAGAAUGUUGCAAACUUUCCUAAAGUUGCAGACUUGGGUGCUUUCAAUAACAUGUCUCCAUCAAGUUUCUCCAUGUGGGGUGUUGGAAAGUUGGAUGGUCUCACAUUUCAAACAGCUACCACCACUGUUUCCCCAAAACCACUGCCAGGGGGGAAGAGUGUGUGCACAGUGGAAGAACUUGAGCGAGGUCUCAUCCAGCAGUCGGCAGUGUCUUCAGCUUCUAGCCAACCACCUCCACCAGCAGCUGUGCUGCGUGUUGAAGACAUCGAGCGAGAGCUUACUAUGUCAUCUGGACACAGUAAUAGCAGUGGCAGCAGUGCAGGACACUCGUCUGUUACUACUACUAGUCCUGCUGCUGGGCCAAAUGCUCAGCCUACUAGCCCUCCUCAGGUUCCACAAUUUCCACCUCCUCCAAUAACUGUGCAGUCUCAGGCAACUGUUCGUGGUACCCAGGCAACUCUAGGGCGGGGCAUAAGUUUCCCCCCACCAGUGUUAGGACUGACUCGAGCAGCAAGUCAUCCGAAUGGCCCUUUUGUGGUGCCUCCACCGAGAGUAGUUGCACCACCUCCUGCCCAACCACCGCCUGGUAUCCACCCAGUGCUGUUGCACCAGGCGAACCACCGACUAGGUUCAAAUCCAAACCUCUUAAGGUUCAUACCUCCACAUUUAAUGGGCCAUCCUGGUACUGUUGGGAAAAGCCUACAAGUCUUUCCAGGUGAUAAUGGAUUGCUGAGGAAUGUGCCACACAGGGGGCCAAAUGUUCAAUUUCGUCCAGGGUUUCCUAUGGGGGACCAUAUGUGGCAGCAGCAACAGAAUCAACACUUACAGCAACAGAAUCACCCACACCACCCAAUGCAUCACCACCCACUCCAUAUCCAACAGCAACAGUUACAGCAGCAGAGGUUGCGGGCAGUGGGGAAGGCUGUCAACCACAGACAGCAUUACAAUCAUCAGCAGCAGAAUGGUGUGGUGGAUGAAUAUGCUGGUCUCAUGAGCCACCGUGAACGGCAGUGGUUGCUUGGCAUUCAAAUGCUACAGCUUAACACUAACACGCCACACAUAGAUGAUUAUUAUUAUACUGUAUUUAUGUCCCGCCAACUGAAAAAUGAGCAGAAAGAUGGCAGUGUCCUUAUUGCUGCUCAACAACACCACCAGCAGCUGCAGCGGCAAAGGGAGCGCAGGGAUAGUCAGCGGUCGGAAGGAGGCCAGUCCUCACUCCAACAGCCCCGGGUCUACACUCCUGCUCAGUUUGAGAACUCACUUGGCAAACUUCAGGUUGGAAGUGUCACUGCACCAAGGAAGAUAAUUGAUAUGGACAUCAUGAACACAGAUACCAGUGAUGCAGUAUUGCCACCACAGCAGAAGGACUUGAGGAAAACUAAGCAGCUUCUUUUGGAAAUAGAAAGGCUGUACAUGUUAAUACUCCAAGUGGAAGAUCUGAAGAGCGACAUACCAGAAAUACGGGAAGCAGUGACAGAAAAUAGAGAAGACCUCCUGCGCAAAAUAGUCUCUGCAGUCCUGCUGGGUGAUCGUCUGGCAAGCAUUCUCUGCGUCCGGAAGGGCAGGAAGCUUAUACUACGGCUGCUGCCACAAUUGCCAUUGGACUCAUCCAGCUUGGCUCAGCUGUGGGGAAGGGUUGUUCGUGGCCUUGCUUCACCACCAAGGCGAGAUGUGGAAGCUCUGUAUCCUUAUUUCCAUCAAUGGCUCGCUGCCCAGGCUGAAAUGUUGCCACUAAUCAGCAUUGUACGCAGUCCACCUCGCUCCUUCUCUGUCACUAACAAGUUUGCACUUUCUGUGUACGGCGCCCUUUUGGAACGAGCUGAACAACUUUCGUCAGCAGCUGAAUCUGUGCAAUUGGAGGAGUGGGCAGUUUUUGUUCAAAGACUGGGAGCAGCAGCUGCUGGCCUCCCAUCAACACCUCUACCUGACAUGCUGCAGCCACUGGAUGGAACCCUUGCUGCAUCAAACCUGAAGCGUCACUGCCCUCCAUGUAGUGGUUGCGAAUGGCUGACUCGAGCAUUUGGCCCUCGGGAUUCUUCCGUAUCUCGCUAAGAAAAUGACAGAGGUGUACUUGUGUCCUGGAAUUUCAUUAAUUCUACUGCAUGUCUGCUGUUUGUGUGCACAUACUUAAUUAUCCGAAGCUGUUAACCACUGAGAAGUCUCUUGCCCAUUUGUGGUUGUUGCACAUUAGUUUGUGUAUUCCUACUUUUGAAGCUGUAAAGUUAAUAUGUAAUGUUUUGAAAUGAGACAUGUGAUAUAUGAGUAAGUCUCAGAGAAAAUUAUUCUGGCAGCUAUAUAUAUCUGUAAACUAGUAACAUUGAUUACCUCAUUCUUACAUAGUAAGAAUGGGUUGUAGGAUUUGUAUCUGUAAGAAGUGAUGAAAUGACAUGUGGAUAAGAAGUAUGUGUGACUAGUGUACCUGCCAAUUCUAUACGUGAUAAGUCUGAUGAUACUAUAGUGUGUAGAGUGACACACUGUAAAAUUAGCUGUUUCUGUUCAUUUAUUUGAUAGAUUAAUAAGUUCGUGUAUUGAGUAUGUGUGUAAUAGUUUUGUGUCCUUAGUCCAGAAAGCAUCUAUCUUUGUUACUAAGAGAAGCACAUUACAAUCACCCUUUUGGUUUCUUGUCUCUCUAACUGGAACACAAAAGAAAUUACUUUUUAUUUUUCAGAGAGGUAGGAAGAUAAACAGUGGAAAGUUUUAAUAAUAGGGUGCUCAUAACUGCAAUAUAGAAGAAAUGAUUUUCUUAUUCUUGUUUUACAUUUAUAUUAUAUGAAAAUGCAUAUUCAGUUUAGAAGUUACUACAUAGUAAUGGAGAAUAUUUUGUUGAUUACAAUUUCUCUGCUGUUCGUACUGAAAUGUAGAGGCUAGCAGUGAGAAGUCCAUUAGUUAUACACUAUUUUCUGACACCAAACAGUGGGCUACAUGCCUGUUUUUGUCUAUUAUGUCCUGGGCAAUUUGUAUCUGAGGUGUGCUUUGGACUAAAAACCAUGUAGCUUACAAACUCUAUAAGUGUUUAAUUGCAAUGAUUGUUUAUUUUAAGCUUGAUAAAGAGUUUCUGAUAGAUUUUCUUAAUGUGACUAUUGAUUUCUGUCAUUAUCAUUAAUGAUAAAGACUGUUGAGAAGCCAUGCUUUGGCUAUUUUGUUCCAUGAGUUUAACAAUAUGAUGUGAAAGAUUAUGUUGAAUGAGAUCUGAAUGUUCAUUAAAAACCUGGUAGCCAUAUUAAGUCUAUACUUUUGGGCUCCUAUAUAUUUGAAAACGUAGUAAUCAAUUUUUAAAUUGUGUUGGUAAAAUUUGCAAUAAUUUUAGAUGUUCAGAGUCCUUCAGCUUUGAAAAUGGGUGUGUCACUUUCUCAGCUAAAAUGCGUAUUCCCUCAAAUUUAAAUGCAGACCUGAAAAAUAUCAUUUAUUGAUUUAUUUACCAUUCUGGUAUUUGGACACUAUUAAUAUGACUGCAUACCUUAACUUUGUUGGAGAUGUUCUAAAUUUCAUUUUCAUGUGUUUAGUAAAAUAAUCGAAACAUGUUGGCAGCUAAUAACCUAUGUUCAUCAAGUUGUCAGUUACAAAAUAGUACCUUUCUGCGGUUAUAGGAAUACUUCAUUUGAAAAUAGCAUCAAAACAGUCUCAAAGACAUCCAUAUAAUAUGUGGAAAACAUUUUGUGAAUUGUAAUACGUUUAAUUUGGAGUUUAUUUCAACAUAUUUUGGUUUCCAGUUUUGUUCUUCUCUUAACCCCCCCUCAUACAGUCAGCUUUAGAAAGUUGGUGUUUCAUAACCUCUGUUCACAAAAAUUGACAUUACAGGCUACAAACUGUUUUCAAGGAAAAAAUCCCGCAUUUAUCAGAAGUGUAAUGAGCUGACGGGACCAAUAAAUAAAACAGGUCAUAGGAAAUUUUGGAAAAUUUAAUUUGUUACUACCAUGAAUCAUAUCUCGUAUUUGUCCUGGACUCUACAAUAUUAUCUGUGCGUACUUUCUUCAUCUUUGUUCUUUAACUUCCAACAAACUCCCACAAGGUGGUAAAACAAUUUUCAGAUUACUGCUAAUUCUGUUGCAGUUUUACAGUUUCUACAAAUAAUAAUAGAUGGUGGUAGUAUGAAUACAGUCAAUUUCAAUUUUGUGAUUUUUUUUUUUCUUAUGUUUCCAGAGAAGCAAGAACUUCAUAGUGUUUUGAUUGUCAAGAUUUGUAAAUAUAUUCUGUGUUUGUUCAGCAUGUAGGCUCAAAAUUUAAUACUGCCAUUUCAUAUUACAUGGCAUGUCAAUUAUGUUAAGUAUAGGUCUCUGUUUUCUACUGAGAUUAAGCGUUACAGAGGUGAGCACUGCAUUGUGGAGGUCUGUAAAUGUUACUUUUCUGUACUGUAAUUAAUCAAUUUUUUUCUGGAGCCCAAGUAAUGACUUAUAAAUUGUGUAGAUGUAUCAUUUGCAAAGUCGUAUUAGACUUUUUUUUCAACACUGAUUUUGAUUUAAAGGCUGUGUCAUAGUCAUGAAACACAAAAGUGACAUUUUGAAUGCAAUUAUAAGUGUAAUUAAUUCCUCAAAUAGUUAUCAUAUUAUAGUUUUAUUUUUUUAAAUGAUGGUAAAUAUUUUGCAAGAAAUUUAUUAUGAGAAUAGAUUGUGAUUAUGUUUUGUUUUUAACUUUGAUUUGUAUGACAGGCUUUCAGUAGUUAAGAAGAAUGGCCAAAACAUAAUCUGCUGGUCUUUCAGCUGAAGACUAAGCUUUAUAUCUGAUCAUUUUUCACUACUUGUAGUUGAAGUAUUAUUAAUUCACUAAUGAAUGCAAUAACAAUGUUAUGUGGCUUAUUUUCUAAGACUGCUGUGUUGUCAAUGUAAUUUGAGAACUUGAAAUUUAUUGUACAUUGUCAGAGAGAGAGAGAGAGAGAGAGAGAGAGAGAGAGAGAGAGAGAGAGAGAGAGAAUUGAUUAUAUGUCAGCAACAAACACUUAGCCAAUGGCGAAAUGCUGACGUUAAAGAAUGUGAGGAGAAUAUAUUUGCCCAAAGUACACAAUUAGUUUUAUCUAGUAAACCAUAAUUCCUACACCACAAGCUUGCUUUCUACAUCAUAACUAUUUGUCCCAUAUUAUUACGUCAGUGCUGGAUAUUCUUUCAUAUAUAAGGGUAGUUUCUCAAGGACUACAACUGUUUAAGUAAUUCACAAAUUAUGACAAUUUUGUAUGUCAGUCACACUUUAUUUCUGCCCUCAUUACUGGUGCAAAAUAUUGCUGUUUAUACUUUGUCUGUGGUUAACUAAAUUUUGCUGUUUUUAUGUCAAUGAAACAUGAAGGAAGGAAAUGACUAUGACUUUGUAAGUUCCAGGGUUCAUGGCACAGUUUUGAUCUUAGUCCAAAUUACCCAUCUCAAAUUUUUUUGUCUACAAAAUGUAUCUGUAUACUGGACACUGGACUGUCAUCUUUAAAGUAGCAAAGUACAUAAUUAGUUUUGGCAUAUUAACUAUAAUUUGUACUAACUAGUUGGUAUGUACUUCAGUUGUCCAAAAGCUCACUAUUAAUUAACUGAAUUUGGUUAUUGUAUGUAUUCUCUUUGUGAGAAAUAGUGCCUCUUUCUGUGCUUCAUUUUUUCUUCUUCUUUAUCUGACUGUUAUGAUUGUGAAUCAGCACCACAUCUCUGUUGUACUGAAAAUCUUACUGGAAAAUGUCUACCAGAGAGGUAUCGUUUUGUUCUUCACUUGUGAUUUGCAAGAAGCUGGUGACGUUUGAAGAAAUUUUCAUGUUUAAUUUCAUUAAUUUGCUCCGAUUGUCUUCAAAUUGUUCUCCUUUACUUCAGUCAAGGUUUGUGUCUACAUAAUGUAUUGAUUUCUUAUAUAGUUUCUGGAUUUUGCAGUUUCUUGCUGUAAGUUAGACACAGCGAAUAGCAUAAUGCUUGCCAAUAUUGGUAAUUUAUAUAUUAGUGUGGUAUACUUUGUGAUCCUGAUGUCUUUCUCUUAUUGUUUUGAUGAAUAGUACGUUUGCAACUGCAUUGUUUAUCAUAACUGGCUCACAUUUAAGAAAUGUUUGACAUUGUAAGUCAUAAAUUGAAAGUACCAUGCAGUUUCCUUCCUCUCUCAACUUGCCUUUUGAACAAAAAUAAAAAAGAAGGAAAAUUCUUUUUUUAUUUUUGUGCAAAAUUUCAUUAUAUUCAUUAAAAAAAUCUAGAAUGUGUAUUAAUUGAUAAAUAUAUAUCUAUCAUCCUUAUCAGAGACCAUAAUUUAACUUGAAAAUAAAACUUAAUUUGAAAAGCAAAUACUACCAGAAUUUAAACUAGAAGUCAUCACCUCUUUUUCUGAUCGUAAGUGUAGAGUGCCACCUCCCUCAAUGGUAUCCUGCAGUUGCAAAUUCAUCCGCCAUAGCCAGUAUUGUUAAAAUCCAUGUACCGUAUCCUGUGGUAAUGUUCUUUUGCUACAUAAGUUUCCUGAGUCAGCCAGCCCACAUGCAGUUAAUGUGAUGCAAAAUCUAACAUUACAGCGGACUCCGCUUACAUCAUCAAGGCAGUCAUCCUGUCUGCACAUCAUAAUUCAUUUACAGUUUAUAAGUUUGCUUAAUAGCCUGUUGAAUUCUGUUAAUUUAUUGGUAACAUUUUGGAGUUUUGUUCAUUGCAGUUAUUUCACUUUAUAAAUUUAAAUUUUCAAAUUUGGUUUUCCUUCCUGACAGUGGUACUAUUUUAUACAUUCCGAAAGGCAAAGAAGUGAUGGCAAAUAUUUAUAUUCAUUAUAAUUUUUUUUAUUGUGAUAGUCUUCCACUGCUGAAUGUAAAUGCUAGAAAGGCCAAGUUUCAGUAUGUUAUGAGACCAAUGUUGAUGUGCAAGGUCCCUGUGGUCAGCUCUGGUAAUAGGUUUCAUAGUCUGAUUAAGUCAGCUAAACACUACAUCUAAGUGUUCUUUUAAAACCAGCAUUCAAAUUGAUGGUUGAUGUAUCAGCUCAGCAAAUAUUACAUUGAUGGGCACAUCUAAAUUCUCAAUGAAAACCAGUAAUAGAGUAAAGAACUACCAUUUUAACAAGGUACUGAGUGAAAAACUAUAAAUGUGUCUUAAUAAUAUUACAUUGUACUUGACAGAGCACGACGUUUACUCAUUGAACUGUGUGUUUAAUGUUAUCUUAAGUUCUCUCUCUCUCUCUCUCUCUCUCUCUCUCUCUCUCUCUCUCUCUCUCUCACACACACACACACACACACACACACACACACACACACACACACACACACACUUACAAUGAUACAAGGAUAUUCUGUCAGAAGAGAUAAGUCACUUUUUGUACAGAACCUUUAUGAAGCAUCUUGUCAGUGCAGUUUUCAACCACAAAUAUAAUACUUAUUUUUGUCUUUUUAUUUGUAUUUUUCCAUUUUUGUAUUUAUGAUGCAAUGAAAGUCUUGCCCAUGAAGAAAAUUGUCUUAUAAAUAUAUGUCUACUUUGUAACAUGAAAGAGUACAUAUGAGGAAAUGUGGAAUUCUUUUUAUUUACAGUAAUGUCAACAAUUGUAGAUAUUUUUGUAUUUUUCAUAAAAUUUGAAAUUUUGAUUAAAAACCAAAUACAAAUGAUGAAAUACUAAUAUUCUAUGAAUAUGCUACACUGUUUCAGUUGUU